AUUCCUCAACAUGACAUGCACAGAGCACUGGUCGGCUUUUAAUGGUUUCUUUCUCUUGGCAUUGUCCUUACUGGCUAUUGCCUUGAACCUCACCCCACUUAUUGCAGACUAUGUAGAAGAUGGGAGACUCUUUUAUAGCUCCAUCUCUUGUUAUGAGUGGUGGCUUCCAGGACUGUUUGGAGGAGGCUUGCUUGUAUUACCAGCUGUGUCAAUGACCUUAGCAGCAAGGAAGAAAGGUAGCUGUAACUCAAGAUGUGGGAUGCUGUCCUCCUCUCUUCUAUGUGUUCUCAGUAUAAUUGGUGGCAUCUACUGCACUCUUAUAGCCAUAUUCGCUAUUACUAAAGGACCUCUGAUAUGUGAAAAAGGAAGCAACACCUUGGAACACUGUGAUUACACCCUGAGGAACUUCAGCGACUUCCAAAGCCUGAAUUAGUCUGGUAUGUGAA